AUGCCUCGGGGGCAGAAGAGUAAACUGCGUGCCCGUGAGAAACGCCGCCAGGCACAGGAAGACUCCAUGAGUCUGGAGUCACAGGAGCUUCGGAGGACAACAAUUGCCACCAGCGGUAAUGAAGCAGCUGCUGCAUACAUGAGAUCGGUUGUGACCAUCAAUGACCAAGAGGAAGAAAAUCCAACCGCUUCAGAGGAAUUGGACAUGAAUGAGUCCUUCUUCAGAGGCCCAUUAGAUGAGAGAGUGGCUAUGUUGGUGCAUUUCAUGCUGUAUAAGUAUCAUAUGAAAGAACCCGUUACCAGGGUAGAGAUGAUGAAAAAUGUAAUUCAAAUGUAUAAGAGUAACUUCCCUGAAAUUCUUAGGAGAGCCAGUGAACACUUGGAGUUGAUCUUCGGCCUUGAUUUAAAAGAAGUAGAUACCCAGAAACAUACCUAUGUCCUCAUUAACAAACUGGAAAUAAGCUAUGAUUCCAGGAUCAUGGAGGACAAAGGGGUGCCCAAGACUGGUCUGUUGAUGACCAUCCUGGGAGUGAUCUUCACCAAGGGUAAUCGUGCCACUGAGGAUCAAAUCUGGCAAACGUUAAAUAUGAUAGGCUUAUAUAAGGGGAAGGAACACUUCAUUUUUGGAGAGCCCAGGAGGCUCAUUACUGAAGAUUUGGUGAAGGAAAAAUACCUGGAGUACCGCCAGGUCCCUGAUAGUGAUCCUCCAUGCUAUGAGUUUCUGUGGGGUCCCAGAGCACAUGCAGAAACCAGUAAGAUGAAAGUUCUAGAAUAUGUGGCCAAGGUUCGUGAUGCAGUUCCCAGUGCCUUUCCGAUGUGGUAUGAGGAGGCACUGAAGGAUGAGGAAGAGAGGGCCAAAGCCAGGGUUGAAGCCAGAGCACGCAGUGCUGCUGCCCGUGAGCGCACUAAGGCCAUGAUUUACCCUGCCCAUAAAUAA